AUGUGGAGCACACAGUCAGUUGAUGACAGUUACAACCCUAAUAAUGAUAGCCUGCAAGGAGGUUACAUGGCUGGACGGCCAGGUGGUGAGGAGGACGAAAAGGAAGAUGACCUCUUAAAUGUUGUUCCAGUCACCAUCGCAGAAGUGUUGAAUGCCACUCAAAGCAAAUCUAAAUUCUAUUCAGGAAAAAUUCCUUUGUCGCAUGUGCAAAUCAUUGGAUGGGUGAAAUCAGUUGAGGAGUCGUCCACAAGAUUUGACUAUGAGAUAGAAGAUUACAGUGGUGUACCUUUAACUGUGAAGCAGUUUGUACUCAAUGAGGGCCAGAUGAAUGAAGAUGAAAAGAUGAAACCCUUUCCUGAAAAGACAUAUGUCCGUGCAUGUGGCAAAAUCCGAUCGUUUGGUGGUCAACGCUGUGUUGUGGCAGGUAGAAUUUUUGCAUUGAGCGAUAUGAAUGAGUUGACCACUCACUUGCUGGAAAUUAUUCAUGGCCAUAUGAUGUUCUCUACCAUCCAAGAAACAAAUCAUAAACAGUCAGUUAACAAUAAUGAUUACGAAACAUCAUCUUUCGGAAUUCCUGGCCUUGGACACUUGCAUAACCAGGUUCAUCAGAUUAUAAAAUCCACACCAGAUGAUGAAGGCUGUGACAUCUCCAAAAUCUUUAGGCAGCUUCGUGGAGUCACGGAAAACAACAUCAGAGAUGUGAUAGAGUUCCUCAGUGCUGAAGGUCACAUUUAUUCAACUAUUGAUGAAACACACUUCAAAGCUACCGAUGGCUAA